AUGGCCACCAAAGAUUACAAAGAGGCUUCGGUCAUUGCCCGCAAAAGGAGAGCUGCUAACAUUGCAGCCUACUACAAGCCUCCGACCUGGAAAGAAGAAGACCUUCCCAAGAAUCUGACUGAAUUUUCGCUCAAAUCAGGCUAUUAUACCAAUGAUGAACUCGCCAUAAUCCAGUCCGAAGCAGACGUGAUCCUCGAGAAGAUCAGGACGAAAUCAUGGACAGCUGUCGAAGUCGCUCAAGCCUUUUGCAAGGCCUCCGCGUUAGCCCAAGAACUGACCAAUUGCGUGACUGAAGUCCUGUAUGCCGAAGCCGUGGAAAGAGCGAAAUACCUCGACGAUUAUCUCGCCAGAACGGGCAAGACGAUCGGACCACUUCAUGGUCUACCCAUUUCUCUCAAGGACUGCUUCGUGACCGCUCCGCAUCCCAGUUCAAUCGGCAUGGCCGCCUACGCCAACGAACCCCUGCAGAAAGACACCUUACUAGUUACAAUCCUACGAAAUCUGGGUGCAGUAUUCUACGUGAAGACCAACGUUCCAGUCGCAAUGAUGAUGGCCGAGACCACCAACAACGUCUGGGGCGAAUGCCGGAACCCACUCCACAAAUACCUCAGCCCUGGAGGUUCGAGUGGCGGAGAAGGCGCACUGAUAGCGAUGUACGCCUCGCCUCUCGGUGUAGGCACAGACAUUGGAGGCAGUAUUCGCAUUCCUGCAGCUUGGUCCGGCAUGUACGGUAUCAAGCCUUCGUUCGGUCGAUAUCCAGUCUACGGCACCAAAUCCGGAAUUCCAGGCCAAGAGUACAUCCUCUCGGUCAACGGCCCCAUGGCACGAUCCCUGAAGUCUCUACAACUGUACUCCGAGGCCCUCUUGUCCGAGAAAGUAGCACCAUGGAACUACGACCACAAACUCCUCCCCAUCCCAUGGAGGAAGAACGUCAUUCAACCACCCGGUCGCAAACUCAGAUUCGGCAUAAUCGGGAUCGACGACGGCCUAGUGCACGUUCACCCUCCCGUCGAGCGAGCACUCAAUAUCACAAAAGCAGCCCUCGAAAAGCAAGGCCACGAAGUAUUUGCGUGGUCUACACAAGAACACGAAGCGUUGAUCAAGAACCUCCAAGCAGCGUUCUUCGACCUCGGCGGCGGCGCGAUAAUGGACCUCCUCAAGCCCUGGAACGAGCCCAUUUUCCCAUGUAUGCGAGGCUACGCCCUAGCCGCGGCUGGCGGAGAAGGAGAACUCGGUCCGACGAAGAUGCGCAUGAUGACGAUUCGACGCAACGAGUUGCAGAAAGCGUAUCUCGAUCAAUGGAACGCCACUGCAACAGACGACAAGGACAGGAUGGACGGUAUCAUAUGCGCGGUUGCGCCGUGGGCCGCGCCACGGCUCGGACAGACACAGCAGAAUCUAUACGUUGGAUGGACAGGAUUCGUCAACUUCUUGGACUUCUGCGCAUGUACAUUUCCCGUUACAUUUGCGGACAAGAACCUUGACAAGCCGCGCGAUAUGAAGACUUUCAAACAACUCAGUGAUAUUGAUGGACGCAUUCAAGCGGACUAUGAUGCGGAAUUCUACCACGGUGCUCCUGUGGGUUUGCAAGUAGUGGGGAGACGUCUCGAAGAGGAGAAAGUGCUUGAAAUGGUGGACGUCGUUGCCGAGGCGCUGAAGGCGACAUGA